AUUUUAAUGCCAAAUAACCUGCAACUACUAAUCAAUGAUUUGUUAAAUACAUUAUGUUUGUAUUAUUAUAAGUGCAAUUUAGUAGUCAAAUAUUUACCUUUGAAUCUUAAUACUUUGAUUAAUAAUACAUUAUGUUUUAGCGAAGGAAGGGAUACAACAUUGUGUGUUCCAAAUGAUAAAAGUAUCCGAGUACGUAGACCUUUUUAUUGGCCUUAUAACAGAAAGCGCAUCAGUAAUCGCAGCGUACCUCUUGUUGCCACGAAUCAAAAUCAACAAACUAGUCAGCAACGCCGAAGACGAGUUAAGUUUCAAGAAGAAAAAGAUACAAAUAACCAAACUAAUGAAGGCACUGAAAAUGCUGAGAAUAUUGCACAAAAGAAACACAAAAAGAAGAAGAGGAAGCAAAUUGAUUAUUCUUUGAGAGUUAGUAACAUCAACAAAAGUUUAAGACCUAAGGAAUUUAAAGAACUCUUAAAAGAAAGGGGCAUCAAACCUACCAAUAUAACAUGGCGAGGUUAUAGAGGUAUCUGCUUUCUUCAUUACGCCAAAAAGAAUUAUAAGAAAGAAAAUGAUGAUUCAGAUGCCAUUAAUAGCGUUAUAGAAAUUAUUCAGGAGCUUAAACUGAACCCUACAAAACCCGAGGAGAAUUUAAACGUUGAGGUAAUGGAGCCCAUUACCAGAAUUGAGACUGUUGAUGUUACUGCCGUUUAAUAGAACAUUUUAAGGUGGUUUUUUCAAGAGAAACAUUGUUCCAGAUUUACGUAUUGUGAUUUCUAGGUAUUAUUACAUUUAAGUAGUUAGUUUUUGCAGUUAUGUAUUGCUGAUAUUUUUAUAAUACCGUUUCUUACGUAAUACUUAUUGUUAACAGCGAAUAAAGUUGUUAAUAAAAAAAGUAAAAUA